AUGAAGCACAACAACAACGAGAACAAGCAGUCCAGAAUCGCUCGGUUGGACUCUCGACUGACGACGACGAAGACAAAGAAUAUCGGCGAGAAGAUGAGCAAGAAACGAGCCGCCCCGCGAGAAGAAGAAGAAGAACAACAAGGACGGGGAAACAUUGCGCAAAAGUCGGCGGCAAAAACAUCAUCAAAACUAACGAACGAAGACGAGACCUCGUGGGUGUACUCGUCUUCUCCGUUUGCAGAGGAGGAGGGAAAAAACAACAAGAACAACAGCGGGAGGAUGGAAGAAUCUUUGGAUAUAAUUCGAGACUUGUUCGAACGAAACGAGAGAGACAUCGGGCGAACGGAAGUUUUGAUGAAAACGAAACUUCCGGAGAAGAAGAUGUUGAUGCUCGAAUCAAGCAGUAAUAACAAUACUAAUAACAGGUUCAGAGAGGACAGAGAGGGCGACUUGCACCGGAAGGAGGAACGACGAAGGCGGUUCGCGAACGCGGAGAGCGCGGAGUAUUCUGGGAGGGGAUGGAAGAAGAUGGUGCGAGCGAAAAUGGGCGGCGAUGGUCUUUUUGGUAAUGGGAAAGAGAAGACGAACGCGUUGACGUGGGAAUCUUUGAGGAGAGUAAGGAAAUUGUGGAGAGAAUACGCCGCGAAGGAGUUGGAAGAGAGGAGGAAGGAGAAGAAGGCGAAGAAAACGACGACGAUGGAUGAACACGUGGAUGGGAUAUCGAUGCGAGACGGUAAGGAAAAAGACGCGUGGGAACUUUUCGGGGCGGUUGUUUUAGUCACGAAACACCGAAAAGCAAGCUUGGUCGGCGAAUCUGGCGUGGUCGUUCGAGAGACGAAGACGAACGUGCACGUGUUGAGGAAAACGACGACGGACGCGUCUUCGCUCGUCGUUAUUCCGAAAACGUCCGGCGCCGAGUUGACCAUAAGCGUAAGCGCGGCUGCCGAAUCAAACGAAGAGAGGGACGUUUGCAUUAGUUUUUAG